AUGGCGGGGCUGCACCGGAGCGAGCGGGGCCGGGCCGGGCCGGGCCGGGCGGGCGCUGCCGGCGGGGCCGCUGCGGGGCCGAGGGGCGGCUCCGCCCGGCGGAAAUGGGCGGCACCGGCCCGGCCGGGGCGGGGACAGAGCGGGCAGGGCACGGCCGGACCGCCCCGGGACCACCGGGAGGGGCGUACCCCCGGGAACACCCGGGACCACCGGGACACACCCCCGGGAACACCGGGACGGACAUACCCCCGGGACCACCGGUCCCCUGCGGGACCCAGCCCCGGGAACACCCGGGACCACCCGGGCACCCUGUGGGACCCACUCCCGGACACACCCCGGGACCACCCAAAUACCCUGCGGGACACACCCCGGGACCAUCCGGACACCCCCCGGGACACAUCCCGGGACCUUGCGAGACCCACCCGCGGGACCCCCGGGUCACAGCCCGGUACUCCCCGGGAUCCCUCGGGACCCCCCGGACACCUUGCGGGACCCACCCCCGGGACCCUCCGGGACCUGCGGGACCCACCCACGGGUCCCACGCCAGGACCCACCGGGACCCACCCCCGGGACACACCCCGGGACCAGCCGGGACCCCGCGGGACACACCCCCGGGAUCACCCGGGACACACCCCGGGACCCUCCGGGCACCCCGGGACCAUCCGGGACCACCCCUCCUCGGGACCCUCCGGAUCCCCAGGGCACCCCAUGACUGUCCCCCUCUGA